UUGUUAUAAAUGCGUAUUUAAACUAAAUCACAAAAAACAAUAAGAAUGUUUUUAAUUUGUUGCGUAAAUUGAAACAAGACACGUUGGCCGGGACGCAAUAUUAAUAGCUGUUCAAGUGUUUUGUGACAAUAAAAUGCCUUUUGUUAACAUUAAAAAGCAAUACAUAGCAUUAGGGAUGUUGUUUUUCGUCGUACUAUUUUUCUUCAACAAUAAACCAGCACUUCAAUGUCAGUUGUCUACUGAAGUUGCCACAUACCUUCCAACAAUAUAUGGCAUUACACCGACGUAUGCAAGGCUGGCCCAAAAAGCUGAUCUCACUAGGCUAUCACAAACUUUGAUGCUUGUGAAGAAUUUCCAUUGGAUUGUUAUUGAGGAUUCAACAACAAAAACAAAAUUAGUUGAAAAUCUUCUUAAAGAGUCCACACUGAAAUAUACACAUCUUAAUGUGAAAACGAAAACUUCUGAACACUCCUCAGCUAGCGGAGUUGAACAGCGAAAUUUGGCGCUUGAUUGGCUUAGAGGCCAUUUAAAAAAAUCUGAAGACACGAAAGGUGUCGUUUACUUCAUGGACGAUGAUAACACAUAUUCCUUAAGAGUCUUUGAAGAGAUGAGAAAAAUCGACAAAGUAGGCGUGUGGCCAGUUGGCAUAGUGGGAGGUAUGAGGGUCGAGAUGCCUGUAGUCAAGGAUGGGAAGGUGAUCAAAUUCAAUGCCGUUUGGAAGCCUUUUCGACCAUUCCCAAUUGACAUGGCCGGUUUCGCCAUCAACGCCACAUUGUUUUUGGAGCAGCCGAAAGCGAUGUUUUCUAGAAAAGUGCAGUCUGGAUUUCAGGAAAGCGAGAUUCUCAAAUACUUCGCAGCAACGAAGGACGAUCUAGAGCCGCUCGCCGAGAACUGCACAAAGGUCUUUGUAUGGCACACGCGUACACAGAAACCGUCCAUUACCAAUCCAAAGAAUUUGAAACAUACACCCAUGCCCGACCACCACAUCGAAGUAUGAAUUCACAUUGGUUGGUUUGUUUGGUCUUCAUAAUAAUGGGCAACAUUGCUCAGAAUCUGUAGGGUAUCUGACCCUAUUCUAUGUUCGUGUAACCAACACGCUUCCCAAAAUAUUUGGGAAAGCAUCGAAUAUGGUAUACACAUAAUGAGUAUAUUAUUAUUCAAGUGGUGGCAAUACCAAUGUACCAUAAUUCAAAUAGAUAAGUAGACGUGACAAGUCACAUAAUAAAUUGAAAAGCAAUAUAUAUCCCAAGUUUUUCACAGCAUAUAGCCAUCCACAGUAUUCCUACAGUUACGAGUAAACUAACGACACCCUAAUUAUUAAAAUAUAAGUAACCGUUUAAGUUAUAAGUUGCGCCGAAAUGAAGUACUUCCGAAAAAUAUUUACCUUCUGUUUAUACAGUUGAGUGAUUAGUGAAAUCCAUAUUUAAGAAAAAAUGUAUUAAUGCGACUUAAAUUGUAAUAUAAUAAUAUUUAAUUUUAAGGAACAACCCAAUGAUCAAAGUAUUUAGUAAAUGUGAGUUUGGGGAAUAAAUCUUUAUACUAAUUAGGUAGUAAGCAAAUAAAAAAUUGGUACAAUAUUGAAAGUCUCGUGAACUUGCUCAUAUAGUUUUAUCAUAACAUAGAGAUUACUUAGGAUCACAUAAUUAUUUGCAAUUUACAUGAUGUUAAA